AAUAUAUAUGUAUGCAUUUUUUUAUGUAUGUAGUAUAAUUUUUUUGGCGGUAUUGCCGUGCAAAAAGGGGCAACAUAGUCUCUCCCUUUCUCUCUCUCUUAUAAAUGACAAUUUAACUUACGAUUUCAUAAUUAAAUUAAUUUUCUAUUACAAAGUUCUGGAACUCUCUACCCUUUCUCUUGUUGGUGAAGGCCCUUUCUUCUAGCUUUUCUUAUGGAUUGUUGAUGUAGUUGAAGUCCCCUGCACGACCAUGGGAUAUCCCUGUUGGACCAGCUUGACUGCCUCCUCCUACAGGACCAUCCUGUCCCUAAAAUCCAUGCUCGCGGUAGCUUGAAUCCAUGGAGCACCAUUUUCUCCAAAAAUCACCAUAUCUACCUAUUGAUGGUAUACAUUGAAAAUGUCGAGGUUAAAAUAUCCUUGUCUUUAGGUUGCAAUAAUACCGUCCGACAAUUCUUUAGACUCCACUGCAUAGAUUUUGGUAACUUCCGUCCAGCUCGCUAAAAGCUCCCUCUCGAGAGCCGGGUUUUAAAAAAAACACAUCCAAAUGGAGGUGUUUUCAGCGAAGGAGGUGCCGUCGCCGAGGGCCCCAGCGACGGACCACUCUUCGCCGCUCGCGGAGCUGCCCCUCUCCCUUGUCGCCAAUCUCUUCAUUACCCCAACCACACAGUAGCAUGAGCAGCUGCCGGAUCACGGUCUUGACCAGCUUCUUCCACCGCUCUCCGUUCCAUGCUAGUCCUGUUCCUGCUACUUUCUCCCCACAUCCCGCACCAUCAUUCUUUACGUCUCUCUCCCGCUGCACCCUACCGCACGACCCCCAUCGGCACCCGCAUCUAUUGGAUUCGGUUUUGGAUUCGUAUUCGGAUACGGAUGGAGCAGAGAAGCGAGCGUCCGCCGCCUACGUCGUCGCCGAGGUUGAGUGCCCGGCGCUGCUGUCUCGCUGCAGGUCCCUGCGAGAGUGCAUCUGCGUGCACGGCUUCAUUAUCAAGGCGGGCCUGCACGGCCACCUCCUCCUCAGCAACCGCCUCCUCGCCCUCUACUCGAGAUGCUCCGGCGGAGCAGCCGAAGCGCGCAAGCUGUUCGACGGGAUGCCCCACCGGGAUGCCGCCACCUGGAGCGGCAUCAUCUCGGCCUACUCUCGCAGCGGGGAUCACGAGGAGGCCCUCCGCUUCUUCCAGCGGAUGCUGCUUGCCUCCGGUUCUUCCGCCGCGAACGAGUUCGUGCUCUCGAGCGUCGUGCGCUGUGCCUCCUCGCUCCGGGCGCUGGAUCUGGGGAUGCAGGCUCACGCUCACAUAUUGAAGCGCGGAUUCGGAUCCAACACCGUCCUGGGCAGCGCUCUGCUCCAUCUCUACUCCAGAUGUAGCGGGCUCGAAGAGGCAGCCCGGAUCUUCGCCCUGAUCGACUGUCGAGACGCCGUCUCCUGGACCGCCAUGAUCUCUGCUCUUGUGGAUGCUGAGGACUGGGGCAGCGCCAUACAGAUGUACGCCUCCAUGAUCGAGAGCGGGACCACGCCUACCGAGUUCACGUUCGCCAAGCUUCUGACGGCCUGCGUAGUUCUCGGCCAACGGUGGGGCGCACUGCUCCACGCUCACCUCGUCCUCUGGGGUUUGGAACUUAAUUUGGUCCUCAAGACGGCGCUCGUCGACAUGUACUGCAAGUGCCGCGACGUGAGCACCGCUCUCAGAGUCUUCCGCCAAACGCCGGAAUCUGAUGUGAUGGUGUGGACGGCACUGAUCGCAGGGUACUCCCAGGUGGAAGGCUACCGCGAGGCCAUCUCGACAUUCCGAGAGAUGGAGGCCGCUGGCGUCAUGCCCAACUCCUUCACGUAUGCCGGGAUCCUCAGCGCCUGCGCGUCGUCCCCGGUGCCUGAAUUGGGGAGGCAGCUCCAUGGACGGGUGGCCAAGGCCGGGUUGGAGCACGAUGCGUCCGUGGGGAACGCGCUGGUGGACCUGUACGCCAAAUGGUCCCCGGAUUUGGAGGACCCCGUGCGCGCCUUCCAGCGGAUCGCCUCUCCAAACGUGGUCUCCUGGACGGCUUUGAUCGCAGCACUUGUCCGACACGGGAGACACCGAGACGCGUUGGCAGCGCUGACAGAGAUGCGAGCCGCCGGAGUGGAGCCUAACUCCUUCACCUUGUCCACGCUCCUCAAGGGCUGUGGUGGCGACUCCGGCGAAGCACAAGCACAAGUAGAAGCUCUGGCUCAUGCGAGGAAGCUCCAGGCCUACGUGCUCAAGACCAGCCUGGACUCGGCGGAUGCGGCUGUCGGGAACUCGCUGGUGGACGCCUAUGCUCGAUGCGGGGGGGCGGACGAGGCGUGGGCCGUGGCGAGCACGAUGGUGCCCCGCAAGGAUGUGCUCACGUACACGAGCUUGGCCAAGGGGCUGAACCAGAUGGGCCUCCACCGGAGGGCUCUAGCCUUGAUCCAUCGCAUGAGCGAGGAGGGCGUGAGGAUGGACGACUUCAGCCUCGCCUGCUUCCUAUCCGCUGCUGCAGGCUCGGCGGCUGUGGGGUCCGGGAAGCAGUUGCACUGCUACUCGGUGAAGUCCGGGUUGCGCAGCCGGAUAUCGGUCUCCAACGGCCUUGUCGACAUGUACGGCAAAUGCGGGAGCAUUGAUGAGGCUCGCAGUGUCUUCAUGGCGAUCCAGGCGCCGAAUGUGGUGUCGUGGAACGGAUUGAUAUCCGCGCUGGCAUCCAAUGGGCGGUUCGUGGAAGCCUUGUCCGCUUUCGAGGACAUGAGGCUGGCGGGAGUCCCGCCGGACGGCAUCACCUUCCUGUUGGUCCUGUACGCCUGCAGCCAUGGCGGCCUGGUCGAUGCGGGCAUCGAGUAUUUCAACUCCAUGGAAGAAUUGUACGGUGUGCCCCCGCGACACGAUCACUAUGUUUGCCUGGUGGACAUGCUGGGCCGAGCCGGCAGGCUGGAGGCAGCAGCGCAGGCCGUAAAGACCAUGCCCUUCCGACCGGAUACGUUGAUCUACAAGACCCUGCUUGCUUCCUGCAGGUUCCACGGGAACCUGGUUCUUGGAGAGUGCAUGGCGAGGAAUGCGCUAGGGAUCGACCCGGCGGAUCCGGCGAUCUAUGUGCAGCUAGCAGGCAUCUAUGAUGAUGCAGGGAGGCCAGAGUGGAGUGAGCAGACUCGCCGGAUGAUGAAGGAGAGGGCGCUAAGGAAGUGCCCCGGCCAGAGUUGGAUGGAGGCGGAGAAACUGACAUGACAGAGUGAAGUGGCACAACUAGGUCCUACAUCAGGAUCAUAUGUGAUGUGAUAGAUCCAAUCAAUCAAGUGUUGAUCAAUCUUACACCUAGUGCACUUUGAUCGGAAAUCUAAGUCUAGCCAACCAGUGCAACUCCAUAUCCUUAAUAGCAUGCAUCUUGUUAGCAUCUUAAUUGCACGCUUAGAUCUGGACUCAUAGGUUUAGCCUUUGAAAGAUCCUAAAGUAGUUUCAAUUACCUAAUAGAAUUGCUAGAUGAGAAGAGCUAGCUUACAUACAAUAAGAGUUACCUUAUAUACAAUAAGGCUUCAGACCCGGAUAGCUUUAUACUCUCCUUGUUGUGGAGAGAUAUGGAUGGAUAAUUAAGACAGUGAUCGGCGCCUCUAAGGCUUUAUCCUUUUAAUAACUCAAGAGAUUCAAAAGCCUGGAUAUUGCUAAAAAUAUAUUUAAAAAAGAAAUACAGCAUAAAGAACUAUAAUGUCAAAAGAGCUACAGAAGCGAAGCUGAGGCGAAAAUGACCCAUCCAAUUGAAACGAUCAAUGCACGUCCGGUAACACUUGAGAGAGCCCCCAUUAGGUUAACCUAAUAAGAUGAUAUGACAUUGUUUCUCGGAGUCAAUGA